AUGUCCACCUCUACCUCCCCCACCACGCAGCAGCUGAAAGAAGAGAUCAAGGUUGUUGAGACCAAGGCUGUCAACCAGACAAUUGUACAGCUGCGUUCUCUCGCAGCUGGUGCCGCUGGUGGUCUAUGCGCUGUGGUUGUCGGACACCCGUUUGAUCUGGUGAAGGUGCGCCUGCAGACGGCCGAGAAGGGCAUUUACUCAGGUGCCAUGGAUGUGGUCAGGAGGACAGUUGCCCGUGAAGGAUUGGCUCGAGGAUUGUAUGCCGGUGUCUCCGCGCCGCUUGUUGGAGUUACUCCCAUGUUUGCCGUCAGCUUUUGGGGUUACGACGUGGGCAAGACUCUCGUGAAUAAGUUCUCCACCGUCCCCAUCAAGAACGACACCCCGCAGUACUCUAUUGCCCAGAUCUCUUCUGCGGGUUUCUUCUCCGCCAUCCCCAUGACCCUGAUCACGGCACCCUUCGAGCGUGUUAAGGUCCUCCUCCAGAUCCAGGGCCAGAAAACUCUGGCCCCGGGUGAGAAGCCCAAGUACUCCGGUGGUAUGGAUGUCGUGCGCCAGCUGUACAAGGAAGGCGGUGUUCGCAGCGUGUUCCGUGGUAGCGCUAUGACGUUGGCGCGUGAUGGUCCCGGCUCGGCCGCUUACUUCGCGGCCUACGAGUACAUCAAGCGCUCCUUGACUCCCAAGGAUGCCGAAGGCAAUGUAACGGGCGAGCUCUCCCUAUCCGCCGUUGUGUGUGCUGGUGGUGCUGCCGGUAUCGCCAUGUGGAUUCCGGUCUUCCCCAUUGACACUGUCAAGUCUCGCUUGCAGAGUGCAUCGGGCAAGCCUACCAUAGGUGGCGUUGUCCGCUCGGUUUACGCUAGCGGCGGUUUCAAGGCCUUCUUCCCUGGAUUCGGUCCAGCUCUUGCUCGUGCAGUGCCUGCCAAUGCCGCCACUUUCCUCGGCGUUGAACUGGCACACAAGGGCAUGAAGAAGCUCUUUGACUAA